AGAGGCAACAACAGGGAGAGGCAGAGCACCUGGGGAGGAUGCAAGGAGAGGACUCAUCCAGAGUGCAGGGAGAAUGAGGAGUCACCGGGGCCGGGGGAAGCAGCAUGAGUGGCCCGUGCAUCUCCAUUAGACUGACGGCCCUCAUGUUUCUAUGGAGGUGGUUAUCACUAAGCCUGCUCCACAGCUGGGUGUCAGUAGGGGCCGGGGCGGCCGACCACACCGGGGCCGGCUACAGUGGCUUCACCGGGCCCCUUGCCUGGCUCCUGUCGGACAAGGGUCCUUUUCAGCACUCGCAGGAGUUUGUUGAUUUCACGGAGCGCUACCAGCAAGGGUUCACCACCAAGUACAAGAUAUACAGGGAGUUUGGCCGCUGGAAGGUGAACAGCUUGGCCCUGGAGAGACAAGAGAACAAUGGAUUUUCCUUGCCACUCGACCCCGAGUUCCUCCAGACCAUUAGGCAGCUGGGCAGGAGGCCCAGUCUCAGCGCCAUCACUGACAACAUUAUCAGGAAAUAUGGAACCCACUUCCUGCUCUCAGCUACACUGGGAGGGGAAGAGUCAUUAAUGAUCUUUGUGGACAAGCGCAAGUUGAGUCGGACGACUGAAGUGAGUGAAUCCAAUGGCACAGCUGUGACUCUGGAAGCCCUGCAUCAGCUGGCCGCCUCCUACUUCAUCGACAGGGAGAGCACCCUGCGCAAGCUGCACCACAUCCAGAUCGCCUCCACUGCCAUCAAGGUGACCGAAACAAGGACAGGCCCUCUUGGAUGCAGUAACUAUGACAACCUCGACUCUGUCAGCUCCGUUUUGGUUCAGAGCCCUGAAAACAAGAUUCAUUUGCAAGGCCUGCAGGCCAUACUGCCAGAGUAUCUGAGGGCCAGGUUCGUGCAGGCAGCUCUCAGCUACAUCGGCUGUAAUGAGGAGGGCCAGUUUGUGUGCCGGGACAAUGACUGCUGGUGCCAGUGCGCCAUGGACUACCCACAGUGUAAUUGCCCCGAGGUGGAUCUGAGGGCCAUGGAAGCCAGUUUACUGCAAAUCCGGGAUUCCUGGAAUAUGGCCAACCGAGACUUUGAGGAGUCAGAUGAGUUUCAGAACUUUGUUCGAAGACUUCCCACAUUCUACGCCCUGAACACGUCCGCCAUCCAGUACUUCUGGAUGAUGGAGCCGGCCGUUCACCAGCGCUACAAACAACUGGAGCUCAACACCCAGCAGCUCCUGAACAAGGCGCGGCGCAUCAUCAACAAGCUUUUCACCCUCAGCAAGAGGUGUCGAACUCAGCCCAAAAUUAUUAUGCUGAGGGAGAGGCCCUUCAGCUACUGGCUGAACUACAUCCUCUCUAUCAUGUACUGCAGCGAGAACAACCACAUUGGCUCCUACCUGGAAGAGACCCGCAGCUGCUCCUGCCCCUACGAGCACCCACCCUGCCAGGGUUUGAUCCCCUGCGCGGUGGGCGAGGGUACCUCCUGUGCGUCCUGCUCCUAUGAGAACCGAUCCCGCUGCGCCACCUGCAACCAGGGUUACAUGCUGAGCCAGGGCGCGUGCCGCAACGAGGUACCCGACUCCACUGACCACUACAUCGGCUUUGAGACGGACCUGCAGGACCUGGAGCUGCGCUACCUUCUGCAGAAAUGUGACAACCGCAUCAGCAUCCAUGGGAUCUUUGUCAGCAACGACGUCAGGCUGAAUAACUGGUUCGACCCGUCGUGGAGAAAGAGGAUGCUGCUGACGCUGAAAAGUAAUAAAUACAAGUCAAACCAUGUCCACAUGCUCCUGGGGAUGUCUCUACAGAUCUGCCUUACCAAGAACAGCACCCUGGACCCCAUGCUGUCUGUAUAUAUCAAUCCGUUUGGGGGAAGCCAUUCGGAGAGUUGGAUAAUGCCCAUUGACCAGAACAACUACCCAGACUGGGAGAGGACUAAAUUAGACCUUCCCCAUGACUGUUAUAACUGGACUUUGACUUUGGGCAACAAGUGGAAAACAUUUUUUGAGACUGUCCACUUUUAUCUACGGAGCCGGAUCAGGGGGCCCUCGACCAACGGAAAUGGAACUGUAUAUUAUGAACCCUUGGAGUACCUGGAACCGGGGCGAAAUCUAGGCUACAUGAAGAUCAACAGCAUCCAGGUGUAUGGCUACAGUAUGCACUUUGACCCGGACGCGAUCCAGGACUUGAUUUUACAGCUGGACUACCCAUAUACUCAGGGAUCGCAGGACUCGGCCCUGCUGCAGCUGCUGGAGAUCCGGGAUCGGGUCAACAGGCUUUCUCCUCCCGGAGCUCAGCCUCUGGACCUUUUCUCCUGUCUGCUACGGCACCGGCUCAAACUGUCCACCACAGACGUUGCCAGGAUACAGGCAGCACUGCAGACUUUCACUGCCAAGCAGCCCAACUCGAUGGAAUACGAAACAACCAAAUUAUGUAGUUAAUAAGUGGGCAGGCGGCCAGGUGCACAGAUGGCAGAGCAGUUAUCACACAGGCCUGAUGAUGGUUAAAAGCAAUUCUGGAGCCGUGCAAGGGACAUUUGGGGGACAUUGUCAUUGUCUUCAUGGAUCUCAAGAGUGCAUUUGAGAUUUUCAUGUCAGCUUUUCGUAUAAAUUUGUACAUCAUAGAAUUAAGGAGGAUUUCACCAAACUUGCCUCAUAGCUUCUUUUUUUUUCUCUCCUGAUGAAAAUAAUGACUUUGACAGUUGAUAUAAAUUUAAAGCUCUGCCAUCACUGAUAUGUUGCCAGUGUGCUGAUGUUUGUAGGUUGCACAAAUCUGAAUCACUCACAUACGUAAACAAAAGCUUUCGCUGAUGAAGUAUUACCCAAGCAAUGUAAUCAUCUCACAAAUAUACAAACAUUUCAGCACCAGCAUGUUUUUCUUUUCGUUUUUUUUGUUUGUAUUUUACUGAUCACACUCAUGUUCGGGGUACAAAAAUAAAUACUUGUUUUGAUAUCACGGCCCUCCCUUUUAACCAUGGACAUGAUGGGCACCUCAUUGUUUUUAGCCUUCCAUUCAACAACAAACUCACUCCUUUUUUAAACUCUCCGACACAUUUUUGUAAGAAAUAAAUGAAAUAAACAAAGUGAAUAAAUAGAUGCCGUAUUAUUCCAGAUUUGCCGAGAAAAAAAAAACACCAUUAUCACUA